AUGGCGAACCAGCAGCUCCCACCACCAAAUAGUAACAAUAUCGUCAACCACAACCCUAUACGGUCGCCACCUCCAUCAUAUAUCAAUUCCGGUUACGAAAACAGCUAUGAUCAUACUUCCAACUGGCUUCCACCCACGUCGCAAUACAGUCCCAAUUAUCCAACUCCGCAAGGCUCUAAUUACAACCAGAAUCCGCCCAAUUCACCACCCAAAUACCCAUCGCAAUACAGUCCUUAUUACAACCAGAAUCCGUCUAAUUUACCACCUGAUGAUCCAUCACUAUAUGGUCCUAAUUACAACCCAUCGCCUUAUAACCCUAAUUACGGCCGGAAUCCACCCAAAUUAUCACACCGUUAUGAGCCGGCGAGUCAUUUUCCAGUAGGAAAUAAUAGUAUUUACUAUCCCGAAACGGCUUACCCAGCUGGAAACCAUUCCAUGAUGGAUGCACCCAUGUCUACGCCCGGACAUGUUGAGAAUAGGCCUUCCACACCGCCUGCUCCGCCAGAAACUGUUAAAGUAAAAUGGCGCCUAAGUAGGAGUGAUAAGAAGGUGAUAAAGACUUGCAUAUUCUCUGGCAUCUUUUUCAUUGCAAUAGGAAUUGCGCCGCUGGUUUUCGUGCCAAGAGGACAAAAACCUGUUGUAGACAACACUGCCAUUUCAUGUAUAGGCUUUGGAGUUUUGCUGUGGGUAAUCAGCGUGGUUGUUAUAUACAAGUCCAGACAAGAAGCGCAUGCUGCUGCAAGACAGUCACAAUAA